AUGGCAUCGAUGAAGUUUGAUCUACCGCUACUGGAUUACAAGACGAGAUUUGUGCUGUGGCAAGUCAAGAUGCGGGCGAUUCUAGCACAAUCUUCGGAUCUUGAUGAGGCGUUGGAUGGUUUCGGAGGCAAAGGGCAGAAGUCAUGGACCGCUGAAGAGAAGCAGAAGGAUCGUAAGGCUCUGUCUCUGAUUCAACUUCAUCUACAUAAUGAUUUUUUGCAAGAAGUGCUGCAGGAGAAAACUACCGUAGAACUUUGGCUCAAGCUAAAAUCAAUCUGCAUGUCCAAGGAUCUAACCAAUAAGAUGCACGUGAAGAUAAAGUUGUUCACGCACAAGCUGCAAGAAGGUGGUUUGGUGAUGAACCACUUAUCGAUCUUUAAGGAGAUCGUUGCCGACCUAGUGUCGAUGGAGGUAAAAUAUGACGAUGAAGAUUUAGCUCUUCUACUGUUAUGCUCACUGCCUAGUUCGUUUGCAAAUUUCCGAGAUACCAUACUAUUAAGCCAUGAUGAACUAACCCUUGCAGAAGUAUAUGAGGCCCUCCAGUCGAGGGAGAAGAUGAAAGGUAUGGUUCAGUCUGAUGUGUCAUCCUCCAAGGGCGAAGUGUUGCAGAGUGGAGAUGUCGUGCGUAUGGGAGAUAACAACCCACGUGAGAUCGUGGGCAUUGGCUCCGUUCAUAUCAAGAUGCAUGAUGGCAUGAUACGCACACUGAAAGAUGUGAGACACAUACCAGGGAUAGCUAGAAAUCUCAUCUUCCUCAGCAUACUUGAUGCCAAGGGGUACAGAUACUCCGGUUCAGGUGGAGUAUGUAAGGAGUGGAAAGUUAUGAUAGAAAGGCAAACUGAAAAGAAGGUAAAAUUGCUUCGUACUGACAAUAGGGGUGAAUUCUGUUCGGAUGCUUUUAAUGAUUACUGCAGGGAAGAAGGCAUUGUCAGGCACCACACCAUCCCGUACACACCUCGACAGAAUGGUGUGGCUGAGCGCAUGAACCGAACCAUCAUCUCGAGGGCUCGCUGCAUGCUGUCCAAUGCUCGUAUGAACAUGCGUUUUUGGGCUGAGGCUACUAACACCGCCUGUUACUUGAUCAACCGGUCACCUUCUAUCCCACUUAAUAAGAAAACUCCCAUUGAGGUAUGGUCUUGUAUGCCUACUGAUUAUUCACAGUUGAGAGUUUUCGGUUGCACUGCUUAUGCUCAUGUUGAUAAUGGAAAGCUAGAACCUAGAGCCAUUAAGUGUCUGUUUCUUGGUUAUGGUUAUGGAGUUAAAGGAUAUAAGUUAUGGAAUCCUAAAACUAAAAAGACUUUCAUGAGCAGGAACAUUAUUUUCAAUGAAUCUGUUAUGUUUAAUGACAGCUUGUCCACAGACGUUUCUCCAGUUGGUUCUGAUGAGGAGCAGCAACAUGUUAGCGUGCAGAUGGAGCACGUAUAUGAUCAGAAAACUGAAAUUGUUGAUAACAAUGUUUAUGAUAUUGUUCAGCGCUCACCUCCUAUUUUGCAGCCUCAAAAUCAGUCUAUUGCAGAUCGCAGAACAAAGAGGAAUUGUGGACCUCUUCCAUGUUUAAUUGAGGAAUGCGAUAUUAUUCAUUAUGCCUUUAGUUGUGCUAAACAGGUGGGGAAUAUUCAUGAGCCGGCUACGUACACUGAAACUGUUGUUUCUGGUGACCGCGAGAAGUGGAUUUCCGCUAUGCAAGAGGAGAUGCAGUCACUCGAAAAAAUAACACAUGGGAUGUUGUGCGCUUGCCUAAACAAAAAAAGGUCGUUCGUUGCAAAUGGAUCUUCAAGAGAAAGGAGGGUUUGCCUCCUAGUGAGCCUACAAGAUUUAAGGCAAGCUUUACAAUGUGCUAGUACGGAUGAGGAUUUUAAGUACAUGUCAAGAGUUCCAUAUUCUAGUGCUGUUGGUUCUUUGAUGUAUGCCAUGGUUUGCUUUAGUCCUGAUUUAUCAUAUGCUAUGAGUUUUGUUAGUAGAUACAUGGCUAAUCCUAGUAAAGAACAUUGGAAGGUUGUUCAGUGGAUUUUCAGGUACCUUCGUGGCACAACAAAUGCUUGUUUGAAGUUUGGCAAGACUGAUAAGGGACUCACUGGCUACGUGGAUUCAGAUUUUGCUACCGAUUUGGAUAAGAGAAGAUCUCUAAUAGGUUAUGUAUUCACUAUUGGUAAUUGUGCUUCAAAGUGCUAUAUGUCUCACUAA